AUGUACGCCCGACAGAGUUUGCAUAAUUGGUUUGCAAGGGAAAGGAAUAAGAAAAACAAUCGCCCUUACCUGAAAUCAAAACUAUCGAGUAUGAUAACCUUGCCCCAGGUCAGCCGAGAUCGCCCCAGGUUAGUCGAGAUCGCGGCGGCACCGAUAAAAGGCGAAGAUCGCCACUUCCCUUCGAUCGUUUCUUCUGGUCGCCGGGUUGAAAGGAGUGAAAGAAGAGAGGGUAGACGAUGCGAUGAUUUGGGAGAAAUGGAGUCGCUGCCGGUCUCGUCUCUGCCCCCUGAGUCCCUGACUGAAUUAGCCUCUCCACCGCAUUGUAUUCUCUGCGUGGGGCUGAGCCGCGCAAUAGCCUCGUCUUCACCGCCUCGACUUCUCCGCCGGCAGACUUCAUCGGUAGCCUUCCCGCCGCACCGGACUUUCUCUCAGCCUUCCCGCCACUGGAGAACUUCCUCGUCAGCCUUCACGCUGCCGCCUGACUUACACCACACCACCGGCCCCAUCAAUGGCCACCGAGGAUACCUCCGCCAUUACUGCUUUCCACCGUCCCCAUCGGAAGACAACACCAGAUAUUAUUAUGGUCCAUGCCGAAAGUCGCCCCUCAACCGCCUCGUCUUCUCCGCGUGCGACGGCCCGCACAAGCCAGGAAUUGAUUCAAAAUAUGAUUUGUGGAGUCUGUUUUGUAAAUUAGAUAAAAAUAGGUUUCUAGUGAAAUACAUAUACAUAAAAUAUAAAUAA